GGUAGUGUUUUACAAGUACGUGCGUUGUUGUAUUCCGUGGUAUUUUAAUUUUACUGUAAUUUUCGGUAGAUAAUGACUUUUAAUUGAUAUAAAUAGAAUUUAAUAUUUUAACAACCGUGCCAAUAUGGCUAAAGAAGGAGACAUGUCACUGUUCAAUGAUGUGUUGGAGCCGUUCAGACGGGUAAUAAAUACGGACCCGCCGAAAGACAAACUGUCGUCCGCUACAAAAUUGAAUUUUUCUGAUAGUAAUCAAUCUCUAAAAGAAGGACUCAAUAACCUAUUAUCACUUGGCAAAAGAAAGUCUAGCGUUUGCAUGAAUGAUGUAUGUACGCCGGAGAAACGUGUGCGAUCGGAAUCUAGCUCUACACCGGCGUCUGCACCGCCAUCGCCAUGGGAGGCUAAGAGGCUGAAGAUAGAUCUGAUAGCUGCUAAAGCUCAGAUAACAAAGUUGGAAUCCCGCAUAAACCACCAACAUACAAUUAGGAAAGAGAUGCAGAUACUGUUUGAAGAAGAGAAGGGUUCCCUCAUAGAACAACACAAGAGGGACGAGAGAGCUCUGUCUGACAUGGAGGACAGGUUGCAACUGAUUAGGAGAAGAGAACAAGAGCUUAAGGAUGAGUUUAGCCAGUAUUUGAAGGAGCACAAAGAGCAGAAAGCUAACUGGGACAGAGAGAAGGCGGAGUUACACAAACAGAUAGCUGACAUGAAGGACAAGCUGCUGGAGUGCAGUGUCAGCAGCAAGGACCAGCUGUCCGAGAUGAAGAAGGAUAUGGAUGAAUUGUUACAGGCAUUGGAAGGAGCUCAGUCAGAAGUAGAAAUACUAAAAGGCGAGGUAGCAAAGCAAACAACCAGGGCAGAACAGUGCACCACACUGAGGACCCAGCUGGAGAAGCAGACCUUCGAGCUUCAGAGCGUCACCAACAAACUCAAGGAGUUGGAGUAUGAGAGAGACUCUUAUAAAGACUGGCAGCAACAGGCUAAGACUGCACAAAAACGCCUAAGCAACAUGGCAGAGCUGGAGAAGGAAGUGAACAGAUUACGUUCACAGGAGAGGUCACUGCGGGAUGCAGUGUGCAACAAGCUGCUGUUGGAGGAACAAGUGCACCAGUUGCAGUCCCGGGUCGAUGUACUGCAGCCUGUGCAGAAUGAACUGCAUGAGGCCAAGGUGAAACUAGCAACCCUAGAGUCAGCUCUAGAAGAAUGGAAGUCUGCGGCCCGCACCCACGGCGUGGACAGCGCGCGGUCGCUGUCGUCGGCGCUGGACUCGGCGCUCAACAGCCAACUCAACGCCACCGCCGCCUCCUCGCAGGCACAGUCGCAACUAGCACAACUUACUGAGGAAGUAGCAACAAUAAAGUUCGAGCGCGACAAGGCGACAGGCAAGCUGAACGAGCUGCAAGUAGUUCGCAAGAACCAAGAGAGUCUUAUACACAGGCUGCAGAAGAGGCUGCUACUUGUCACCCGCGAGAGAGAUAGCUACAGACAGCAGUUGGACUGCUACGAGAAGGAGCUGACGGUGUCGCUGUGCGGGGAGGGCGGCGCGGGCAGCGCGGCGCUGCUGGCGGCCCGCGUGGACCAGCUGGAGCGCGCGCUGCAGGCCUACCGGGACCUACUGGCCCAGCACGACACGCCCGCGCACACCGCACUGGUGGAGACGUUACGCGCAGAGUCGAGCAAAUGGCGCGAGGAGGCUGAGAACCUGAAGCGGGACGUAGCCAAGUUGCGGGCGCAGCGGGACACGUUGCACGCUAACUUGGAACGUAUCGGCGCGCAAUCACAGACCAAGGUACUCCACCUAGCCAACAAUCCUGCCGCUGAAGCUCAAAAACAAAUCCAGUUAGACCUAGAGGCUGCACAAGAAGAGAUCAAAAGACUAAAAGCAAGUUUGCGAGAAGGAAGCGGUUCACGUGCCUGUCCUGAAGAAAUGCAGCAGUUGAAGCAACAGCUGGAAAGCAGUCGCAUUAAACUUAAAAGGUUGAAAGAAGAGUUCACGUCGUCGGCGCAAGAGUACAGAGACGUGUGCUACAUGCUAUUAGGUUAUAAAAUUGAUAGAACUGGACAUAAGAAUUAUAGAAUAUCAAACAUGUACGCGGAAUCAUCGGAAGAGUAUCUAACAUUCACACUAGACGACGACGGCAUAGAGAUGGUCCACACGGACUACUCGUCGACGCUGGGCGAGCUGGUCGAGCUACACCUGCACCAACAUCGCUCCAUACCACUGUUCCUCAGCGCUCUCACCAUGGAACUCUUCACCAGAACUACGAUGCAACAGGUGCAGUGAAAUCUAGGUAAAGAACUUCAUAAUCUAAUCAAGUUUCUUUAAAAUCACUGUCUGUUCGGGUAAAGCACCUAUUGUGUAGUAUUAGAACACAUGUCAGAGCGUGAACCCUCUUAAAAGGCUCGCAAUGCACUUGUAACUCCUCUGGUGUUGCGGGUGUCCAUGUGCGGCUGCUAUUGGUUAUCAACAGGUGAUCUGUCUGGUCGUUUGCCGCGGCUAUCAAAUAAAGAGAAAUGGUCAGCAAAUAUUUCUAAUUAUUUUGUACUAGUUCCUUAGGCUUUGCCCGUACAAUUUAGCCUAUUUCCUUCUCCAUUCACCCAAUAAUUUAAUUUACAAAAUCACCUGUAAUUUUAUCGUGACAGAGUCGAAUAAGUCCUGCUCGAAAUGUGAAGGAUGCGACAAUGUAACUUAAUUGUUAUAAAUAAAUAGCUAAGGUUCAAUAUUGCUUGUAGUUUAAAUAAUAUACGUUAUGUUCACGAACUUAAAAUAGUAACUUUGCUAUCCUUGAUUAGUAAUAACAGAGAAGGAAGAGGCAAUGUCAAUUAAUUCAUUCGGAUAGACGAUGUUCAACCUUAAUACAAUAUACAAAGUGUUUAAUUUCAUGUAACAACCACUUAGUAUAGUGGAAGGAUCCCUUUUUCGAACUUAGGGAACAUACCGCCCUAUUUUCUAGACGCUAUUGUAAUAGUUUCAUUAUCUCUUUCUUUUAUUACAUAUGAGUAAGAGAUAGCAAUAUUUUAUUAUUAGUUUUGUACGUGGACAAUAGAUUUAGCCCGUAAAUCGCCUCUUGGUACGUAUAGUGUCCAAAUACUCAUACAUUUUCUCACUAUUCAUAUGAAGACACGAUUUUAGAAUAAUAGGUAACCUGUUUAAUCUUCUUCAAGCUCUUCCAUUUGUCAAUAGUCAAGACUUAAUAGACUUGACUUUCAGUAAAUACGGCUGUCAUAAAAAUACAUAGUUAAGUAAAGUUGUAAAUAAAUAAUUCUUGUUAGACUUUUCAUAUUAUAAUACAAAUAUUUUUAUAAAACGUUCCAUUGUCGCAUUCUUCUCGCAAUAUUAACGAGUUUUUUGAAUGUUCUUAAAUAAUUAUCGCGGAAUACGUUUGUAUCAUAAGCUUGAAGUUGAAUUAAGAGAAACUUAGAGAACAAUUAGCUCAUCUAUUGACAACCUUAUUGUGAAGACAUAAGUAUCAUUUUAAUUGUUAUUUAUUGAAUAUUUUUUUCUUCAUGUAGCCUUUUUUUAACGGUAGCAUCGUGUUCGAGUUACGCUAUUGUGACUCUUAUUUGCAGACGGAUAAAGUGCAAAUUAUUCUGUGGCAAGGUCUCGUUUUUAAACCCUCUUCCAAUUUGGUAUAUUUCAAUUUAAAUUCCAAAUUAUAGUACAAAUUCGCCUUUUAGAAAGUUGGAAGUGGUUCCUAAAGCAAGUCUUAAAAACUGAUUUUUGUAUGCGUUUCUCGUAUUCCUUAUUGCUAACAGAGUAAGGUUCAUAUUUCAAUACAUUUUCGAUUUUGUUCAAUCUUGUUUCACAAUUUGCUUACCGACGUAUUUAACGCAAUGAUAUGUUUGUUCCUGUGUUUGCGAAAGUAUAAAAUGUCAGAAUGUGUAUUUGUGAUAUGUGCUAUCUUGUGGUUCUGUCGGUAGCCUGUAAAAAUAUUAGAUUGUAUAAGUAGACACUCUCAUAACUUAGUUAUUAAACUUGGCGAUGUGUUAUGGAGUUUUUCGGUAAUUUGUCGAACAAAGUGAGUAAGUUUUUUGUAAAAUCACAGCCUUUUGGCUGUUGAUGUGAUGAUCACAAAUAACUGAUAAUGAUAAUGUGAUAAUCAACAAACACAACACUACCUCCCAUUAAAGUUGUGGCAGAUAAUUUUAGAACACCUCAUAAAUUGUCCAAUCGCUUGCGCAACUUAGCGCAUACACUACUGUAUUUAUUUCUUUAAAUAAUUGUUUGUAAAUACUGUUUGGGUCUGAUUGGUAAUCCAUUUCAGAUUUUCUUCAGGACAAACUUCAUAACGUAUCGCCAAUCAAAUUGUAAUAUAAUCUAGCUGUUAAUAGUUAGUAAACCCUUGUUAUAAUUACAAUUAUUUACUUAAAAUCGAAAGGCUUUUUUGAAAUAAAUAGCAAUAAUUGUGAUCCGUUUCUGUAUAAUUGUCAUGUAAAUGUUUAAGCUACGCACAUGAAUUAAUCUCCUUGUUUUAAGAAUCCUAUUUCAUUUGGAUACCAUGAUUGUACGAAUAGUUACGCAACCGUGGUGUAUUCAGAGAGACCUGACAUUAUCACGUCUAGCGCUCUGAUUGGUUGGUUCAUUAGAGCCGGGAAAUUAGUACCAUAAGUACGAGUUUGCUUCCCGUUGAACUAAAAACCUAGACCGCGUUCGCGCUCUGAUUGGUUGGUUCAUUCGCGCCGACCAAUCAGAGUGCCGAACGCGCUCAUGUUUCGUUUAGCAAACUUGUACCAAGGAUACAAAGUGUCGCUCUUAGCCCGCGCUAGGGUCUUAAAACAAACACUAGGAUUGAUUUGGUUAUUGUCAACCAGUUAGACACCAUAGUCACUAGGUGAAAACACCCCAAAUUGUAUCAAUUUUGUUUAUGGUGCAACCUGGUCGUAUGUUCAUAGUGUCCUAAUGAAAUAGGGCAAAAGGUUCAAAUUGUAAGAUAUUAUAAUAUUUACUUAAGUUAUAAAUGACAGUCCAGAAUUUUGUACUUCAAUAAGAAAUAAAUGUUUUGUAAAAUAUUGACAUUCCUUCAUUUUGUGGUGCGGACACCGUCGUGGCGGAUGGUCUUUUUAAUGUAAUAAAAGUGUCUCUUGUGUCUA